AUGAACAUAGUGAGAAAACUCAAUUUAAUGACACCUUGGAGUAUAUUCUUGCUUCAUAUACUGCUGUUUUCAUUUCAAGGAUAUAUUUGUGCAUCAUCCAUCUUAAAAGGAUUAUCAAAAAACGGGUUUAAUGAAAAUCGACAGAAAAGACCUCUUUUAGCAGCACAGCUUCAAGCAACUUCUCCAAGAUAUUUUUUCCAUGAUGCUAUAUUUUGGGGUGAGAGCAAAAUAAAAGGUUCUUGUCCUCAUGAAUGCCUUAAUGGAGCUUUCUGUGCUAAGACUGGUACAUGUGACUGUCAAAUAUUUCAGGCACUUGGGACAAGGUGCCAGAUUGUUCCAAAUAUGGGCAAAAGCAGAGAUGGGAUUUGCAAAACCUGGGGGCAGUACCACUUUGAAACAUUUGAUGGCAUCUACUAUUACUUCCCAGGAAACUGUUCUUACAUUUUUGCAAAGGACUGUGGUAGUUUGGAGCCUCGGUACACUGUAUGGGUUCAUAAUAGCCCUAGAUGCUUUGGUUCAGUGUAUUCUUGUUAUCGUUCAAUUAGCUUGUUUUUUUCAAACCAAGAGGAAAUUCGAAUUUAUGGACAUGUAAUUAAAAAGGAUGGAAUCAGUUUAACAUUGCCUCAGACAAUUGGACAGGUUUUCAUUGAGAAACUAGCUGACUACAUUCUGGUGAAAACAACCUUUGGUUUUUCAUUGGCUUGGGAUGGAAUAUCUGGAAUUUACCUAAAACUCUCUGAGGAGCAUAAAGAGAAAUCAUGUGGCCUAUGUGGAAACUUCAAUGACAUUCAAUCCGAUGAUUUCAUAAUUCAGCAAGAGGACUAUACAGAAGACAUUGCUAUGUUUGCAAAUAGUUGGUCGGUGCAAACUCCAGAUGACACCAAGUGUGUACCCACGCCGUCGGAUUUUCCAAAUCCAUGCUCAAGUGGAAUGCCAGCAUUUGAGGCAAUCUUCUUCAAGUGUCAGACAUUGUUGCAGUUUCCUUUCCUUAGCUGCCAUGAAUAUAUUGAUCCAUAUUCAUAUAUUGCCAGCUGUGUUAAUGAUCUUUGCAAAACUGAUGAUGAUGAUACCUAUUGCCGAGCAGCCACGGAAUAUGCUAGAGCCUGUUCCCAUGCUGGCUACCCUAUUCAAGACUGGAGAGAUGACUUUCUGGCAUGCACUGAUAAAUGUGAUGACAGCUUUGUCCAUCGGGAUUGCAUCAGUUGUUGCCCACCAACCUGCACAUUUGAGAAUCAGUGUUUGGGGAGCAGUCUCCACUGUCUUGAUGGAUGUUACUGCCCAGAUGGCCUCAUAAUGGACAAUGGAACUUGCAUCUCCUUGGAAAAUUGCCCAUGUAGUUUUCAUGGAUUAGCUUUUUCAGUUGGUUCAAAAAUUGAACAAGAAUGUACUGAAUGUGUUUGUAUUGGUGGAAUUUGGAACUGCACUGAGCAUGACUGUCCAGUUCAGUGCUCUGUUGUGGGUGAUUCUCAUUUUACAACUUUUGAUGGCCGACAUUAUUCUUUCAUUGGCAUGUGCCAGUACAUCCUUGUGAAAGGCACUGGAAAAGAUAAAUUCACAAUUACUUUACAGAAAGCACCCUGUGAGCAGAAACUUGGCUUGGUCUGCCUUCAGUCCAUAACUCUAAUUCUGGAAGAUGAUUUUAACAAACAAGUGACCCUUAGUAGAGGAGGACAAAUCCUCACCAGUCCUAACCACGGCUUCCAUUUGAAUGGAAUUGUUGAAAUUCAAACGCUAUCAUCCCUAUUUAUUCUUCUAAAAACCACAUUUGGUUUGAAAAUCCUGUUUGCUAUAGAUGGUGAAAGAAUUUAUGUUCAGCUCACUAGCACAUGGAAGAGACGAACAUUAGGUCUGUGCGGCACUUUUAAUGGGAACAUAAGGGAUGAUUUUCUUUCUCCAUCAGGCAUGAUAGAAGGUACCCCACAACUUCAUGCAAAUGCAUGGAGAGUUUCCUCCUCUUGUUUUGCACCUGUUCAUGUCCCUAUGGUGGACCCCUGUAACAUUAAUCAACAAAACAUCGGGUAUGCAGCACACUGUGAUGUCAUCCACCAGGAGCUCUUUGCCCCUUGCCACAUCUACAUUAGCCCUGGGCUGUACUAUCAGCUAUGCCGACAUGACGCAUGCAAGUGUGGAAACCUCUGCCUGUGCAAUGCCCUUGCCCACUAUGCCUACCUCUGUGGCCAGCGUGGCAUUCCCAUAGAUUUUAGAGCUCAGGUUUCAUUCUGUGCUGUGGUGUGCCAGAAAGGCAUGUUGUACCAUCACUGUUCCUCUCUCUGUCGCCGCUCCUGUAUUUCUCUCUCUUCUCCGGAGCAGUGUAAUGAUGACUGUGCUGAAGGCUGUAACUGUCCUGAAGGCAAAUACUUUGAAGAAACUCUCAACUUUUGUGUGCCCAUAUUUCAUUGCAGGUGUCAUUACAGGGGCAGCAUUUAUCAACCUGGAGAACUCAUCCCAACACCGUCAGGCUUAUGCCAGUGUUCCAAUGGGACCGUGCAAUGUGAUGAAUUAGCAACGCCCUCUACUGUUCAUGUCUGCCCGGAAGGAAAAGUGUACUUCGACUGCAGGUUUCCUGACCCCGAAUUACCAGCAGGUGGUGUAAAUUGUGAGACUACAUGUGCAAACCUGGCCAUGAACUUCACUUGUGCCCCAUCCUCACCCUGCAUAAGUGGCUGCGUUUGUGCUCCAGGAAUGGCGGAACACAAAGGAAAGUGCUAUGUUCCUGAAAGCUGUCCCUGUAUCUGGAAGGAUUCGGAGUAUCUCUCUGGAGAAGUGAUUGCUACACCGUGUUAUACCUGUGUUUGUCGGCGAGGGAUGUUCAAUUGCACAUAUUAUCCAUGCCCAGCAGUGUGCACAAUAUACGGGGACAGGCACUAUCAUUCUUUUGAUGGACUGGAAUAUGACUAUGUCAGUGAUUGCCAGGUUUUUUUGAUAAAGAGUGCAGAUGAUUCAGAUAUAUCCAUCAUUGCCCAGAACAAGAAAUGCUUUGACAAUGAUAUUGUUUGUUCUAAGACUGUUUUGAUUUCAGUUGGAGAUACUGAAAUUUACCUGAAUGAUACUCCUUACAAACAGAAACAAUCAGUUUUUUUCCUGGAAAAUAAACCAACGUACCAGCUUUGGAAGGCUGGUUACUACAUGGUAAUAUACUUUCCAGAGAAAGAUAUCACUAUUCUUUGGGAUAAAAAGACAACCAUUCAUAUCAAGGUUGGACCACAAUGGAAGAACAAAUUAUCAGGAUUAUGUGGGAACUUUGACAAAUGUACUUCAAAUGAUAUGACCACAUCUAACAACCUGGAAGUGAGGAAUGCACAGGUAUUUGGAGAUAGCUGGGCAUUAGGACAAUGUGAAACCCUAAUUGAAACAGUUAAACCCUGUGAAGCACAUCAAAACAAAUUCCCUUAUGCUAAAAGAGAAUGCUCCAUUUUGUACAGCGAUAUUUUUGCUCCUUGUCGCAAUGUGAUUGAUGUUACUUCUUUUGCCAAAAAUUGUCACGAAGACACAUGUAACUGUAAUCUUGGUGGAGAUUGUGAAUGCUUAUGCACAAAUAUAGCAGCGUAUGCAUACAAAUGUUGUCAGGAAGGGGUGGCAAUUCAUUGGAGAUCAUCUACUGUUUGUUCCCUUGAUUGUGAGUAUUACAAUGAAGGGCUUGGAGAAGGACCAUAUAUGUUGGCAAGUUAUGGGCAGAGUGGUCUUGUUCUGGCAGUCAAUAUAACCAGUAGAAGCAUUUUCUCUAUGCCAAGACCUGGUUUUCCUGGCAAUUUAUUUUUUAAUUUUAUGGUCACUCCAGGUCUUUUCAAAGAGAAGACAUCAUCAUUGGCACUUGUUUCCUUGGAAUCAGCUGAAAGGCCAAACUACUUUCUCUAUGUCCAUGACAAUGACAUUCUCAGUUUGGAGCUGUGGGAGGCAAAUUCAGCCUUUCAUCAGAGAGCCACAUUUUUCCACCAUCAGGGCCUCUGGAUUCCUGGAUACAGUGCAUUUGAAUUAUACAGCAAAAAAGGCUUUUUCAUCACAUUCCAAGAUACUGUUGUCAAAGCAUCAAAGUAUGAUGAUUCUGAGGAAUUUAAACAUUCAAGUAGCUUCAGCAUAGAAGAAAUCCAGGCAGCGGUGCCUUAUAGGAGGAUGUGUGAAUGGAGAUAUGAACCUUGUGCCACUCCCUGUUUUAAAACAUGUAGUGAUCCUGAAGCACUGGCCUGUAAAUUUCUUCCACCGGUUGAAGGAUGCUUGCCCAACUGCCCUAAAAAUAUGAUCCUUGAUGAGGUCACCCUCAAAUGUGUUUAUCCAGGAGACUGCAUACCUGUGACUCCUACCGAGCCAGCAUUAAUGCCACCCACUCGUAUAACAUCUUCAUUUCUGACAGGUCUAGAAAUGAUUACUCCAUCAGAGUUUGUGGCACUUGAAAUGCUGAUGCCAACAACGGGUUUGGAAUGUGAGCCUCAACAAUUUGAUCCUGUUUAUAAUUGUAGCCAAUAUAUAUGCCUUAAUAUGGAAUGGCAGUUGUACAACUGGUCCCUUAAUUGUCCAAAGAAGUUAGAAAUGCCUGACUGUGGUUUCCGGGGAAGGCCUGUUCAAGUGAAUACUGAUAUCUGCUGCCCUGAGUGGGAAUGUCCUUGUCGGUGUUCCAUGUUGUCAGAACUGAGCAUUAUUACAUUUGAUGGAAAUAAUGCAGCAUUAUAUAGCAUGGCUUCUUAUAUCUUAGUAAAAAUUCCUGGAGAAAUUAUAGUUGCUCAUAUUGAAAAAUGUUCCAUGAACCAGAAUGGAAACUCAUUAAAAAAAUUUGCUUCCUCUGGAAGGAUCUCUGGACUUUGUUUUAAGAAGUUAAAUGUGACAACAUCUAUACAUAAAGUACUUAUUAAUCGGAUAACAAGAAAGGUUGAAGUGGAUUCUGUUGUUGUGCCUUUGCCUUUUUCAAAUCAUGAACUGUCCAUAGAGGAUUCUGGUAUGAUGUAUGUGAUUAACACUCCAUCUGGACUCAUCAUAAAGUGGGCUCAUCUCACAGGAAUUAUAGACAUUCAUUUUGGCAUCCGUUUUAACUUGUCGUCCUACACAGAAGGACUUUGUGGAAUUUGCAAUGAAGAUCCAGAUGAUGAUCUAAGGAUGCAAAAUGGCACAAUUAUUACCAAUAUGGAAGACAUACAAUUAUUUAUUGAAAGCUGGGAAAUUGAGAAAUCAUUUGAAGUAACAAUGAGAAGACCUGUUAGAAAUUGUACUGAGCAUGAUUGUAGUCACUGCAUUGAGUUAUUAAAUAGACAAGUUUUCAUUCCAUGUCAUGAUAAAGUUUCACCACAGGACUUCUGUGAAAAGAUGUGGAUCAAUUAUACCUAUUUUUGGAAAUAUGAAUGUGAUGCCCUUUCUGCGUAUGUAGCUCUGUGCAACAAGUUUGACAUCUGUAUUCAGUGGAGAACACCUGAUUACUGUCCUCUGAGUUGCCCAGAGGGGAAGGAAUAUCAACCCUGUGUACUACCUUGUGAGGCAAGAACGUGUAUGAACAAAUGGUUCUAUGAACACACCCCACGUUUGUAUUUAAGAGAAGACUGUGUGUGUGAAAAUGGAACAAUUCUUCACAGACCAGAUUCAGCUCAGUGCAUUCCAGAGAAAAAAUGUGUGUGUACUGAUAGUGAAGGCCAACCCCACGCUGCUGGAGAGAUUUGGAAUGGGGGCAUUGAAGAAUGUUCUCUGUACAAAUGCUUGGAGAAUGGAAGCAUUAUUCCUAUAGAGCCUGAUUGUCAAGAAGAGCCCUCGCCAGUUUGUGAACGAGAAGGUGAAGUUGUCCUGGGCAUCAUUGAUAAGUGGACCUGCUGUUCAGUAGAAGUUUGCGGUUGUGAUAUGACUUUGUGUGACACUACAAUUCCAACAUGUACUAGUAGUCAGAAAUUGGUCAUUGGCUAUAGCCUUCUUUCUUGCUGUCCACAGUACAAAUGUGACUGUGACCCAUCCAAAUGCCCCAAUAUUUCGAUACCAGCAUGCAGAGAAGACCAGUUCAUGAUUCAAGUUCAACAGGAGGAACCUUGCUGCUUUUCCCCACUCUGUGUUUGCGAAUCUUGCACUGAACCCAUUCCAUUAUGUACUGAUGGUGAAUUUCUCACUGUGGACCUUAAUACCACAAACUUCUGUUGCCCUCAGUAUUAUUGUGUUUGUGAGCCAAAUCUUUGCCCUAUACCUCUACUCAACUGUGCAGAAGAUAUGAAUCUUGUGAAAGAAAAUAUAUCUGGUCAAUGUUGUUCAACAUGGCAUUGUGAAUGUAGCUGUGAAAACCUUGUUGUACCAACUUGUAAAGUGGGAGAAUUUGCUACAAUAGAUCAUAACUUUCAGAGUGACUGUGGAUGUGUAAAGUAUUUCUGUGAGAAGGAUGAUGUAUGUGUAUUUCAAGAAGUAUCAGUAUUGAAUCCUGGCCAGUCUAUGACAAAGUACUUGGAAGGGGACUUUUGUAAUAUAAUAGAUUGUCUGGAAGAAAAAGAUAACCUUACAGGCUAUCACACUCUGAAUGUUACAAGAGUAAAUUGUUCAAAAGAAUGUGAUAUUCACCAAGAAUACAUUCCAACUCCAAGUGAUUAUAAUUGUUGUGGUACUUGCAAAAAUGUAUCCUGCAAAUUUCUUAUGGAAAAUGGAACAUCAGUUGUAUAUGAGGAGGGAAAUACCUGGAACUAUAAUUGCACCACAUACGAAUGUGUUAAGACUGAUGAAGGGGCAAUGAUUCUGAACUACAGUAUAGUGUGUCCCCCUUUUAAUGAGACCGAAUGCAAAAUGAAUGAGGGGAUUGUAAAGCUUUAUAAUGAAGGCUGUUGCAAGAUUUGCAAAAGAGAAGAAAGAAUAUGCCAGAAAGUGAUCAUUAAAUCAAUUAUAAGAAGACAGGACUGCAUAAGUCAAGGCUCUAUAAAUGUUGCAUCUUGUGAUGGAAAGUGCCCAUCGGCUACCAUAUAUAACAUCAAUAUUGAGAGCCACCUAAGAUUCUGCAAGUGUUGUCGUGAAAAUGGAGUGCGAAACUUCACUGUGCCACUCUAUUGCUCAGGAAAUGGCACUGAAAUCAUGUACACACUCCAGGAACCUAUAGAUUGCACAUGCCAGUGGAAUUAAAUUUUGGGAGUCCAGGAAUUCUAUACAACAUUAUAAUGUCAAAUACAGUAAACUUUUAUCACUAUUAUUGAGACAUUGGGAAGAUUUAUACUUUUUAACCGUAUUUUUCAGACUAUUGGGAUAUGGUAAUUAAACAGUUAGUACAAAAUAUAUGCAAUUUUAAUGACAAAAUUAGAUAUCUUAAUUUGUUCUAUUUAGAGAGUUAAAUGACUAAAUUGUUCUGCUAAAGUGCUAUUAUAUGUAUAAUUGCAACAUGUCAGAUAUCUGGAAUAUCUUCAUCAAUUAGCAGAAGCUUAUUUUGCAGAAUUCCUUGACUCAGUAAUUAUUUUUUGAUUUGUAAAGCUGCUAUAGAUAUUCAAAUUAUGACACCCUUGAAUCUCUACUGUUCAGUCUGGUAAAUAUGAUCAGUUUAAAUUGACAUAUAGGUAGCCAAAAAGAGUGGUGUGCUUAGAGACAGAUCAUAGAACAAUAGGAUUUUGGAUUAUUAAAGCCUGAAUGGGUGUUAAGAGUGUUGUUGAACAGUAUCCUCAUUUGCAGGUGACUUGUACAAGUUCGUUCAGUGUAACAAUACAGAGACUUCACAUUAACUGUUAGAUUAGAAUCUCAAUAUUUUACAUUCAAGUCUUAUGUUCUUUUCUUCUGUACC